CUGAUGGUUUAUUUGCUUAGAGAUCAGCUUUUACUAGGUGAUCCUUUGAAACAUGUUAGCAGGUCCCAGCUCAUUCUUUUAAAAAUUACAUGUUCAUGCUAGACCUAAGCACUUGGCCAAAUACUCAUGAUGGGGAAUUGUUUCUGAGAAAACUGGUAAGAGCUCUCACUUCAGUGUUACUUAACCAACUGCUAUACCCUGCAGAGGAAGCCAGCUAAUUGUAGUUUUGAUAAGGCUAUCUGUCAUCGUAGAAUACCUUUCUCUGGUAGCUGAAUGAAAAUCAACUAUGCAUUCCAUACUGAACAGGCCAGAGAUAAGGACUUUUAGGCCUGCCUUACAAACUGCCUUCAGCAGCUGACAUGAGUUAUUUCCCUUUUCUAUUUUGUUCUGCUCGAAUUUGUAUCUAUGAAGACUGUAGCCCAGAACACAAGAUAAGCAUGAAAAGUUCUUGGGCUAAGAUUACCAAUAUAUAGGACAUUUUGAUGCCAUCUUUUUGUAUUUCUGAAACUACUAAAGUUGUAAUCCCUGUUAAAAAUGAAAAACAUAAAGAACGUAAAAUCAGUUGCAAAAGGGAUGGAAAAUAGACUGAUGACCAAAUACUUGUUUUUAUACAAACAUGUUUUCAUAUUCUAAAUAUAUGCUAGUGGGGUUUUUUUCCUUAGCUAUAAGUGGAAGUGCCCAGUAUGAACUCAGGUGUGUGUGGUUUUCAACAUACACAAAUUUUUAGUGAUUUUUAAAAGGGAUUACUGGUACUGAAUAAUUUUAUAUUUCCUUUAUUACAUAACUUAUAAAUAGUAAAAGGACUAUCACCCUUUGGGGAAUUAUAUUUUAGUGGUCUAGGCAAGAAUAUGGGUUGUCAUUUGGGCCACUAGUGAUUCUCCAGAGAAGCUAGACUAGGCAUUUUUUCUCAGUAUGCCUGAUGUUCCUCAUUUAUAACACAGUGAAAAUAUUAUGAUCCACUUUAAUUAUAUUUCACACCAGAGUUCCUCUUUGGCAAGUACCCCAAAUACAGAUGCUUGAACUGCAAUAGAUUUAUAUUUUAAAGCUAAAUUUCUCAUAGAGAUAGAGAAUCAAGUUAUUUUUUUAAUUAACUAAACUUUAGUCCCUGCUAAACUCAAUGACUAUUCCCCUUCUUCCUGAUUUCCAGUGUGAUUCAUUUUAAUAUAUUAUUAACUUUGUUUGCCUGCAUCCUGUUGAAGACUACAAUAUUACCACAUAAGCCAAAUCAAAUUUAAUGAGAAAGACUUCAUAGACCACUAUCAAACAUAUCACCAAACUCACGGUAGGCGAUCCAUGCAGGCCUUCUUUAAUAUCCUAAUAUAAUGACUCUAUAAAACAGAACAGUCCCUUUCAUGUCAGUUGACUAGUGGCAACAGUUUGGACUUACAUGAGACCUCAGAGUGUUUUUUGAAACAUUGACUUCACACAAAAUGAUGAGUACUAAUAAUACAAGUUUUCAUUUCUGAACAAGUGCAUUUUCAGGGAAAAUGGAAUAAGAACUUUUUUUUUCUGGCACUCCCUAAUUACGAGGAGGCAGAUACCUAAGAAUAUGAGCACACAACAUGCUGAGUCUUUCACCUACUUCAUUUCAGCAUCCCAGCAGGUGAAAUGAGGAUACUAAUAGCCUAUCUGCCUAUUUUGAUUUUUCAGUAAAAUAACACAAAAGAAAGCCCGUGGUAGAAGAGUGUACUGUUUAUGCCAAGGGAACAUUUUGGCAUGGUAGCCCAUCUUAACGGAAAUAUGGAACAAAUAGUCGCAUGGGUAAUUAUUUGAAAAACUACACUCCAUCUUCAGUGUACUCCUUAUGUAUGUGUUUGAACUGCCAUGGCCAAUAGACCCCAGCUUUGUCCCCAGAUUUCUCUGAUGUCCCUCCCUGCCAAGACCACAAGAAACCCUGAUUGCUCUGCAGUUAGUGACCUACUAUCUGCUUACUGGGGGAUCUCAGGGCUUCUUCCAUCAGAUUUACCCACUUACUCGUUAACGUUUUUUUGACUACCUAGUUUGUGCUAGGCAGAGUAAGGGUAGUUGGGUAUACAUAGGUGAAUCCAGUGGGGAUCCUGCCCUCAAGAGGCUUAGUUAUGAAGCCCAGACAUGCAUAUGACAUAAGAGAUAUAAUACUUAGUGGCAGAGGAGAGGACAUGGUUGCAAAAAAGAGAGAGAUUACUGCAAGUGAGAAAAUUAAGGAAGCCUUUGGAGCCACAGGAACUCACAGCUAUCCACUUCCACCUUCCUGGUAGCUGCUGUAGGGGUCUGGGAACUGUUGCACUUCCAACCCAAGGAAGAGUCCCCCUUGUGAAAGACCCAAGUGGCCCUGCCCUCUCGAUCCUAUUAAAAUCCAAGCAAAAUUUUAGGUUCCUGGUCGCCCUCUGGCUUUCUCUGAUCAUUUCUUCCUUUUGGUGGAGAAUCAGCUGAAUAAGCUGAUUUGGCCACUAUCAUCAGUCUUGUAUCACCACCACUUGUCAGCCAAGAUGACUUGAGUGAGACGUGUAAUGGUAGCUGAAGGAGACUUUCAGUACUUCUAAGAAAGGAUUGCAUCUGCCAGUAAGGCCUUGCACAGAAGUGGGGACAACGGUGUGUUCCCUAAUCCCCUGUUUUUCCAUUGUGUGCUAUUACAGAAAGCAUUGUUUUGGAAUGAAAAGACACAGUUCAUUUCCUUGUGGUUAGGUCUGUCUCCAAAUUUUCCUUUGAUUUGGGUAUCAAGUGAAAAUCUUGGUAUCAAGUGAGUAACUAAGGUAGUAACAAAAGCUAGAAAUGAAACAAGACACGGGACAUUUUUGGUCACUAAACUAUGGAUGAAUUGAUCUGGAAUUCUUACACCCAUGUUACUCCUUCCUUGCCCCCCUUUUCCUACCCCCAAAUUCCUCAUGAGUAUGACAGAAGAGGUCUUGAACCAGCUUCUGGCCAUUACUCAGUGGAUACAGUGCUUGAAUUAUUCAGAAAAUGUUUAAAUGCCAUCCUUUAAAUGUAAGCCCUACUUAUUACUCUUUGGAACUCCUUUAUGGAAUAAUGGAAAAGCGAGUCAUCUUGAUAAGAAAAUAUCUGAGUCUUUACAGAAGAACAAGGAUAAAAAUGGAGGUCUUGAGAAGGAAUGGCAAAAUGAUCCUGCUGCAGUGCUAGGAGAGAAUGAUGAACUGAACUGACCCUCUCUUCUUCACAUCUUGUAACAUGUGUCCGACCAACCACCACAGAGCAUUUUGGAUAUAGGACUCUGCUGUGGAUCACAAAAUGUGGCCGGUGAAUGGGUCUUUGGACGCCAUUUGGCCUAAAUCUUGACCCAUCUCCAUUUUCCCGAAAAGAGACUUGGGGUUCGAGGCCGAGGGGGAUUUGCCCAAGGUCACACAAGGGGUAGACUGAUUUCUGUGUUCCUGCAGCCCAGAGAACAAGCUAUCUUGUGCUACCCGAGGCUUCACGAUGGGUUGCCUGGCUGGCGCGUGGCCAGACUUCCAGUCUCCUGUGUUGAUGGCGGUUGCCGUGGCAGUGGCACAUUGUUUCCCCGCCUCAUCUUGGUGACGUUAUGGGACCAGCGUUCAAUGGGAAAGCAGCUCCGCGUCAAGCACCGCCUUUCCCGACGGGCACUGCCUUAGCGACUGGGAGACAAGCGUCGACAAGUGCUGGACCGGCUGGCUCGGGUCGCGGUCGCGGCGUUACAUCGUUUUCCAAUCUGUCCGCAAACGCCGCCGCCCGAGACAGAGCCAGGAUGUUCGGGAUGCUGAGCAGCAGCUUUGAGGAUGAUCCCUUCUUCUCUGAUUCUUUUAUGGCACACCAAGAAAGUAUGCGACAGAUGAUGAGAAAUUUUUCUGAACCUUUUGGAAGAGACCUGUUCAGCAUCUCUGAUGGCAGAGGAAGAGCUCGUAACCAUACGGGACAUGAGGAUGGAGAAAAUUCCUUGACUGAUAUCCAGAAGGAAGAAGGAAAAAUUGGAAGACUAGUCUAUGCUAGAGCUGUCCCACAGCCAAGGAUACACCACUCACGUACAGAUGUCAACCCUUUUCAGGCAAUGGACCGAAUGAUGUUAAAUAUGCGAAACAGCAUGCAGGAAUUACAAAGAAACUUUGGUAACCUUUCAACGGAUCCAAAUGGACAUUCGUUUAGUUCUUCCUCAGUUAUGACUUAUUCCAAAGUAGGAGAUGAACCACCAAAAGUUUUCCAGGCCUCAACUCAAACCCGCAGGGCUCCAGGAGGAGUAAAGGAAACUAGGAGAGCACUGAGAGAUUCUGAGAGUGGACUAGAAAAAAUGGCUGUUGGUCAUCACCUCCAUGACCGAGCUCAUGUCAUUAAAAAGUCAAAGAACAAGAAGACUGGAGAUGAAGAGGUCAAUCAAGAGUUCAUCAAUAUGAAUGAAAGUGAUGCUCAUGCUUUUGAUGAUGAGUGGCAAAAUGAGGUUCUGAAGUACCAACCAAGGGGACAAUGGCACAAUCUAGAAAACUCUAAGAUGCGAAACAUUGGUCAUGAGAAUUCAGGAUCCCGAGAACUUAAAAGAAGGGAGAAACUGCAUCAAAGUCCAGCCAUUGAACGUGGAAGAAGAUCAAAUGUUUAUGUGGAUAAACUCAACAUCAAAGGAUCACCUAUGAAGAUCAACAAAAAAUAAAUAGCAUUGCACUUGA